CUUAUUCUGGCUCUGUUGCCAAGGCUACCGUACAGCCUCUUGCUGCAUAUACCUAGACGAAGCUGCUGCCUGUGGAUCUCUCUCUCCGCCAGGAUACAAACAAAAGAAAACCCAUCAGAAUUCUCAUACCUCUAUUUCUCUUUCACACAGAGACACACACACACCCACCUUCGUAGAUUCUGUGUCUCCUACCCUCACACACACAUCCUCUGCCUCUUACUGUCACUCCGUCCUUUCUCCUUAUUCUCCCAGACUGAGUAGCGCCAAAGGGAUUGGCGUGGUUCUUGGUGUUUGGCUCUUUGGUUUUUGGCUCAGAGAGAGCAGAGGGAGCAGAGCGGCAGAUGGCGAUGUGAAGACGGGCUCAGCCAGGUAAGAGGACUUAUCCUAACCAGACUUAAAUCUCUGGGUGAGUGACUGUUCCAGCCCUCCUCUACUCCCCAUGUCUCUCCCUCUUUCCCCCCUCCAUGGCUGUGUGACAUGAGGUGAAUACCAAUUCCUCAGCAAAGCCCCCACGGUUCAUAUGGCUGCUGCGCUUUUCUGCCUGUGAAAAGAUUUGACUCGGGCCACACAAUGGCUGAUAUUGGGCGGUUGCCACAGGAUACAGGAUUUAACUUGAUCAUGUGAUCUGACUCCCUCCCCAGUUCCCUGCCAUCUAUCAUAGGUGAAUCUACAGUUUUUUGAUAUUCCAGUAAGCCAACUGGGGGAUCAUGACCCGCCGGCUGAGCAGCUCCACCCGUUCCCACACCGAGGACUCCAUCUUCUUGAGGCCUGACGAAGACCCCGUCUGGCUGGAUGAGCCCCCAAAGUCGGAUAAAAUAGGCGACGGAGCACUUAAAAAAGACGGGCUCCCAAAAUGCAAAGAUGGACCCGCAGGGAAGGAGGAGGAAGUGUUUAUGCACAAGGUGUGUGCGCUGGUGAUUGAGAUCCACUGCUGGGCUGCACUGUUCGUCCUCUCCCAAGUCACGGGGUACUGGGUGUUUUUUGUGGUGGAAGGAAAUGGACCUUUCUCUUCCAUCUACAAAGCCCUGCAGGUCAUCGACUUCUACCUUGGCUUCAUCUUACCCUUCCACCCAAUUUUUGGAAUGGACUCUAUGGUGUUGAUGAGGGAGGUUGUGAACACCAAAGAGGGCAACUGGAUUGUCCAUGGAACUGCAGGCAUGGGAGUGGCCAUCUGUGUUAUCAUGGUCAUCCACAUGGUGUGUAAGUGGCGUUACGGCACUGGGUUGUGGUCGUCAAGAACAGUGUUGCAGGACAUUGGUGAUCGACGUCAGUCUGUGAGCCGCCAACCCUCCUUCACCCUGUCCGAGUGGACGGACGCUCAGGAGGACCUGUUGGACAUGGACCCUGUGCCGCAGACGCCCGUGUUUGACAUAGGCGCUGACUCAAAGACGGAGGGAGACGCCGCCACCCUCACUGUCAAUUCAGUGGGCCUUCAGGAGAGGAGGGGCUCCAACGUUUCGCUGACCUUGGACAUGUGUACACCAGGCUGCACUGAGCCCUAUGGCUACGGAGCCCAGCUCUCCCCCAGAGACCAGACCGCAAAGGAGUACCUCCGACAGGGAACACACAGCCUGACCCCUGCCCUGCUACACAAACGGGCCAUGGAUGACCAGAGCCUGCAGGCUGAGUUUUAUGAAACUCCCAUGAACUUUGUGGACCCUAAGGAGUACAACUACCCAGGGCUGGUGAGAAAGAACCGCUACAAAACCAUCUUACCCAAUACACACAGCAGAGUGAUCUUGAAGUCACAGGAUGAAGACGAUUUCCUCAGCACUUACAUCAAUGCCAAUUAUCUCAAAGGCUACGGGGAUGAGGAAUGUGCUUACAUUGCCACCCAGGGUCCCACCGUGAACACUGUGGGAGACUUCUGGAGGAUGGUGUGGCAGGAGAGAAGCCCAAUAAUAGUGAUGAUCACCAACCUGGAGGAAAAAAACGAGAAAUGUGCAGAGUACUGGCCCGAGGACACUGUGACCCAUGAGGGCAUCAAGAUCACCGUUGUCAGCGUAACCCAGGAGGAUGACUACAGUCUGAGGGUGUUUACUUUGAAGUGUGGGGGAGAGGAGCGCAGUCUGCGGCAGUAUUGGUACACCUCGUGGCCUGAUCAGAAGACUCCGGACAAGGCUCCACCUCUUCUGGAAUUGGUGCAGGAAGUGGAAAUGGCCCGAGAGGAAGCCCCGCCCUCCAGUGGCCCUAUAAUUGUCCACUGCAGUGCUGGAAUUGGUCGAACAGGCUGCUUUAUUGCCACCUCCAUCCUUUGCAAGCAGCUGAGGACUGAGGGUGUGGUUGACAUCCUAAGAACCACCUGCCAGCUCCGUCUGGACAGGGGUGGGAUGAUCCAGACGAGCGAGCAGUACCAGUUUGUGCAUCAUGUCCUCAGCCUGUAUGAGAAGCAGCUGUCUCACACUGCUGAGGAGUAAAGUGAGCGCCACAUCCACAGCCACACCCAGACCGAGACACACCACUGUACACUUUACCGCCUCUGGUGGUAUGCACCACUGUACCUAGCAUCAUCUCAAUCUCACCCUUUAACAAAUUCAAACCAUGUUAAUCUCACCCUAGACAGGACUGGAUAGGUCGACAUGGAAUGUGUGCGUGCUGUGUGUCUUUGAGCAGAACAAACAAAAGAGGUGGGAUUGGAGAGAGACCCCAGAAAUCCUGAUCAGACACUUAAGUGUCACUGAGCCACACAAUCCUGAUGAGUCUUAACACUCAGACCCCAAAAUGAAUCCAUACCCGCACUCCUUAUAUCAUUUCAUUUGCAAUGCUGAGAUUGUUUUUUUAUCACUUUACUGUUAAAGGGGUUAAACUCGAUAUUCAGAAGAUUUAUAAAGCAGUAAACAACUAUUUGCUACGUAAAGACAUAGGCGAGUAUUGGAGUCCUGAGCAGAGAAGGAAGUCCCACUCCAACGGUCUGUGAAGGCAACAUUUUUUCUGAAUAUUGAAAACAGCCACUUUAAUAAGUCUUAGUCAUCAAGGCUUCAUUUAGUAGCCUAUUUAGCCCCCUUGCAUACUAUAUGUACAAUUUUAAAAGGUUAAACAGGAGUAUAAUCAGAUCACCGGCAGCGCUCUCAGUUUACUGUAAGAAUUAAAUCCAAAGUCCACUUCCCAAAGUUAGUGUCAAUAAUAAGGGCCUUUUACAGUAUAAGUUAGAAUCUACAGAAUCUUCCAGCAUAAUUUAAAUCUACAGAAAUUAUCAAAUGCCAGCCUAAUAUUACACAUUGUAUAUAUGUAAAAGUGCACAUGAAACAUAAGCUAACUAACAUAUUUUUUCAUUGACUCUCACUUUUAGUGUACAAAAUCCUUACAGAAGGCCUGUUUCAACUUUUGAUGCAUUCAGGGGCCACCUCAUCUUCAGGUUGCAUGGUGCUAAGUGUUCAUUAAAGGCAUGUGCAAUGUUAUGGAACAUAGGAAUGUAUAACAAUUAGGUUAUUAAUUAACUAAUUAGGAUUUCUGUGCUAUCUGCAGUAUUACAGUUUUACCAUGCUGCCUGUGCAGUCCUCACGGCCCGUGAUGUUUACAGUAAACAACUCCUACAUAAAGGCCACUCAGAGGCGUCACAGAGCCGGGGACACUGAGGGGACAGAGGCCGGACGUAGAAUCAGAAAAAUAAAUACAAAGCCCGAUCCAAGCUCUGGGAAUUUGGCAAAUAAAAGUUCACCAUGAAUUGAUGACGGAUGGUCACAUAAAGCUAAUCGUCUUCUUCUAAGUGUCCCAUUGCUGUCAUGGCCGCCCUCAGAGUUACAUGCUCCGUGAUGCCUCUGCUUUUCAACAGUAGCUUGACACACAUCCGUGAAGUCAGAAGCCCAUGAUUGUUGCAUAGACAGGCCAGGCCUAAUCUGUAUGAAGCACAAUAGACCGACUACGGUUGUCUCUGAUGUUCAGCUGUAAAAGUUCUCUUUUUUUCCCGUACUGUGUUUUGAUUGUGUUGAGUUUAAUGGAUUGCAUGUGCUGUAUGGGACUCCAUAGGUCCACAAUCAAAGCGACGUGAUUGGUUGUCCUGCUUUUUGUUGUGUAAAAGGGUUACCGCCUAUUAUAUUGCUUGCUCUCGGCCAAUGCUUUUGAUACAGUUUGCUUUUGUGAAACCAACCAGAGAUAUUUUUAGAACAUUUUGAUACAAUCCUUUCGAGUAGAUGCCUUGUGUAUAUUUCCGUUUACACCAUGAUGGAAUGUAGCUCAUACUGUGGAUCAAACCAUUGGUUUAUAUUGCAAGAUUUGACAGAACAAAAUGUGACCUACCUAAGUUACCUUACAGUACAGAAACUAAAUAAAUAGAUUAUGUUCAGUCUUCAGUAUUAUUACUUUAUGCCUUUAGGCUUUGCUUUAGUAUGCUUUGCUUUCUGUGUAUGUUAUUAUCGUUUUUCUUGGAGAUUUUUACCUCAGACUGAGUUUUUACGCAGUCCCCACUCGAUUCCAUCUGUGACUCUAGGCCUAAUCGCGGUUGACAACACGAGAAAUAAUUGCUAUGUGUAAGGCAGCUAAAACAGUGAAGAUAAUUUUUUAUGUAACACAAACCACAAACAACUUCUAUCUUGACUAUCUUGCAUCAGAUCAGGUCAUGAACAUUAUCCGAAGAUGGAGUCAACUGUGUGGCCUCAGACCAAUUUGUCAAAAAUCAAAUCAUUUAGCAAAUUAAACUGCCAAAUUUACAGGAAAAUAGGACUGGGAUGUAUAAGAAAAGCUGCGAUCUGUUGUCAGACGUUUGACAUAAUCCUCUGAUAAAGUCCAGUGUACUCAACUGAAACGCUUUCAUUUUUAAGUGCUUGGUUUCAAUGCUUACCUGGUCCUCCUCUGAUGAUCCAAACUGGGAUGAUGAAACAGCCAAACAAUCAGAGAUAUACAACCAACCCGCAAUCAGUAUUCCUCUCCCCUGCUACAGUACUGCUUUAAGUUGUGAGUUUUUGCAUCUAAAUAAAGGUAGAUUUUCAUGAA